AUGGCACCUUUUUCUUUUAUAAAAGCAUCCACAUUAAUCUUUGCAUAUCUAUUCUUAUGGUAUCGAACCAAUUAUCAACACCAGGUGAGUGCAUUAAGCACAUUAAAGGAUGAUGAUGAUGUAUCCGUUGGAAACUCAAGUAGUACAUUAUCCUCCUCUUCAGAAGAAGAUGAUAUAAAUAAGACGCAUGAUCAUUUAAAGACAUUACAAUCAGAUAGACCACAUGUUCCAACAACAUCAGAUGUAGAGGAGAAGGAGAAGGGGGGCGAUAAACAUCGCCCCCCUUCUUCAUCUCCUUUUACAGUUGACGGAAAUGAUGAUGAUAGUGAUGAUGACCUUGAGGAUGAUGUAGUCCUUGGUCAUAUUCCUCCUACGGAUGACCUGUUAGAAAAAAAGGACUCGCAUGACAAUGAAAUGGACCUAUUCAAUCCAACAAAGGAAAACGCACCUCCCGAUAAAAAAAAUGGUGCACCUCCCAAUACAAGAGAAAAUCGCCACUCUCAGAAGAGAAGUUUUUUCGGUAGUUUUUUCAAAAAAUCACCCGGAAAAAGGGAUUUAACACAGUCCGACUCCAAAAAGGAUUUAACCCAGUCCGACUCCAAAAAGGAUUUAACACAGUCCGACCCCAAAAAGGAUUUAACCCAGUCCGAUUCCAAAAAGGAUUUAACCCAGUCCGACUCCAAAAAGGAUUUAACCCAGUCCGACUCCAAAAAGGAUUUAACACAGUCCGAUUCCAAAAAGGAUUUAACCCAGUCCGACUCCAAAAAGGAUUUAACCCAGUCCGACUCCAAAAAGGAUUUAACACAGUCCGAUUCCAAAAAGGAUUUAACCCAGUCCGAUUCCAAAAAGGAUUUAACCCAGUCCGAUUCCAAAAAGGAUUUAACACAAUCACCUCUUAAGGGUGACGAACAAAAGUUAAAGAAAAAUGAAAAAAAAUCAAAGAACGAAAAGAAUAAAGCUCCAUGCAAAAAGAAAAAGUGUUGGCGAGAUAGGUUCAUUUGUAGAUUAUGCCGUGGGGAAGUCAAGACGCAUGAGUGGAUACUACUAAUAUUAGUUGUGCUUGUUCUAUUUAUGUGGAUUCCAAAUUUUGUAACCAACCUUUUCUACACUAUUCCAGGGGGGAUGCGGAACAAUGCCUAUUACUAUAUAAACUUCGCGGUCUGUAUAAUUGUUGGAGCAGUCCUCCUUAUUGUAUUAUGGAAGUUCUGGAAGUCGGAGGGGGGAAGAAAUUUGUCUAAUAAAUUAUUAAAAUGCCAACCUCCCCCACAAGAACAGGACAAUUUGCCUAUAGACAAAUCUGAAACGAAAUGA